AUGGAAGCUGCUACGACCCAGAGAUUUAUUGGGCGCGGUUCCCACAAGGGGAAGGGCCUGGCUGUGUUCACCAGCGGCGGUGACUCCCAGGGUAUGAACGCUGCAGUGCGUUCAGUAGUGCGAAUGGGUAUUUACCUUGGUUGCAAGGUAUACUUUAUUCGUGAAGGAUAUCAAGGGAUGGUCGACGGAGGUGAUAACAUUGAGGAGGCAAACUGGUCUUCUGUCAGUUCCAUAAUUCAUAAAGGUGGCACUAUUAUUGGAUCAGCUCGAUGCAUGGAGUUCAUAAAACGAGAAGGUCGUCUUAAAGCUGCCUACAACUUAGUAACUCGUGGUAUCACCAAUUUAGUUGUAAUUGGUGGUGAUGGUUCCUUGACUGGUGCCAAUUUGUUCCGUGAAGAAUGGUCAAGCCUGCUUGAUGAAUUACUUGCAAACAAUAAGAUUACCAAAGACCAGAGAGAGAAAUACAAGUACUUGCACAUUGCUGGAAUGGUGGGUUCCAUUGACAAUGACUUCUGUGGUACAGACAUGACAAUAGGCACAGACUCAGCCUUGCACCGCAUCAUUGAAGCUAUUGAUGCUAUUGUAAGCACUGCAUACUCCCAUCAGAGAACAUUUAUUAUGGAAGUCAUGGGCAGACAUUGUGGUUAUCUGGCAUUAGUGGCCGCUCUGGCGAGCGAGGCAGAUCAAGUAUUCAUUCCCGAGGACCCUGUUCCCAAUAAUUGGGUCGAAAAGCUUUGCAAAAGAUUGGCUCAGGAAAGGAAAUCUGGGCAGCGUUUGAACAUUAUCAUAGUAGCGGAGGGUGCCAUUGACCGCGAAGGUAAGCCUAUCACUGCGGAGCUGGUGAAGAAUGUUGUCGUGGAGAAUCUGCAGCAGGACACGCGUAUCACUGUGCUGGGUCAUGUACAGCGUGGAGGAUCUCCCUCGGCCUUUGAUAGGAUCCUGGGUUGCCGUAUGGGUGCUGAAGCGGUAAUGGCUCUGAUGGAAGCCACCCCUGACACGGAGCCUUGCGUGGUGUCGCUGGACGGCAACCAAGCCGUGCGCCUACCGCUCAUGGAGUGUGUGCGUCGUACUAAGGCUGUCGCUCAGGCUAUGGCUGACAAAAACUGGGAUCUAGCGGUGCAACUGCGCGGGCGCAGCUUUGCACGCAACUUGGAGACAUACAAAAUGUUGACCCGUUUGAAGCCACCCAAGGAAGCUUUCGAUGCGUCUGGCAAACCUGCUGAAGGUUUGACCCUAGCCGUAAUGCACGUAGGCGCGCCUGCGUGUGGUAUGAACGCGGCGGUGCGGUCCUUCGUACGUAACUGUAUCUACCGCGGCGACACCGUGCUCGGCAUCCAUGACGGUAUCGAGGGCUUCAUCAGUGGGAACAUCGUUAAUAUGGAAUGGUCUGAUGUGACCGGUUGGGUGGCUCAGGGAGGAGCCUUCCUUGGCACUAAACGUACCCUGCCUGGCGACAAGAAGGCGGAAAUAGCUGCUCGCAUCAAACAGUUCAAUAUUCAAGGACUUCUCAUCAUUGGUGGAUUCGAGGCUUACCAAGCCGCCCUGGAGAUCUACGAGGGUCGUGCCCAGUUCCCCGAGUUCUGCAUCCCAUUGGUGGUGAUCCCGUCUACCAUCAGUAACAAUGUUCCCGGAACUGACUUCUCUCUGGGAUCCGACACUGCGCUCAACGAGAUCACUGAGAUCUGCGACCGUAUCCGGCAGUCCGCUCAGGGAACUAAACGCCGUGUGUUUGUCAUUGAGACCAUGGGAGGGUACUGCGGCUACUUGUCUACUUUAGCAGGCUUGGCUGGUGGCGCAGACGCUGCGUAUAUCUACGAAGAAAAGUUCUCCAUCAAGGACUUGCAGCAGGAUGUGUACCACAUGGCUUCUAAGAUGACAGGCGGUAUUCAACGCGGUCUCAUCCUGCGUAAUGAGAAGGCUAAUGAUAACUACAAUACAGACUUUAUUUACCGUCUGUAUUCUGAGGAGGGCAAAGGACUGUUUACUGCUAGGAUGAAUGUGCUUGGUCACAUGCAACAAGGCGGAUCUCCAACACCUUUCGAUCGUAACAUGGGAACUAAAAUGGCUGCCAAGUGUCUGCACUGGUUGGUCGAGACCAUCCAGAAGGGACCGGCUAACACUCCCGACUCCGCCUGUCUGCUGGGCAUCGUUAAAAGACAGUACAAAUUCUCUCCUCUUGAGGACUUGAAGGCGCAGACUAACUUCGCUCAGAGAAUACCGAAGCAGCAAUGGUGGAUGAAGCUGCGUCCAUUGCUCCGUAUCCUAGCGAAGCACGAGUCUACCUACGAGGAAGAAGGCAUGUACAUGACAGUAGAACAAGGAGAAAUCGACUCCGAAAAUGUUAUAUAA